AUGGAACCGGCAGGCGCACUCGGCGAGAGCCAGACGCGGCGGCGCAUCACGUCGGAGAAAACCGCGCCGGACGGAACGCCCUGGCUGCCCAAUGCCGAAGGCACCUCGAUCCUCCAGCGCACCGGGCAAAACCUGCUCGCAAGCGUCGCCUUCACGGCAAGCGACAGCGAAGCGGAAUGGGGUGCGGCCUGGGAACAUGCGCACGUUCAUCAGGAAGGCGCGACGAUCGUGCCAAAAGGAGCCGAUGCGCUAGUCUUCUCGAUCGGCGGCAAAUUCGCGCGCACACAGCAAUCAGUCAUUCCGGCGCGGCCUUUUGUGGGUUUGUCCGAGGAGAACCGCGCCGAGCUUCUGGAGCUGGUCACUGACAUUUUCGGGAUCGGAGGUUUCGCCGCGCAGAUCCCCGGCCUCCAUGUCGAGACCCAUCCGGGCAAGCUCGAUAUCGCCGACAUCCUCCAGCAGGAUUUGAAGCGCACGCCCGCCGUGAUGAUCGGAUGGACGCGUUCACGUCCGGAGAUGGAUGUCGCGGCACACUAUACCGAGACGGUGGACCUGGUCGCCUAUCUCGCCGUCGAGGAAUUUGUCGAUCUCGCCUCCAAGCGGAGCGUGCCGCGCGAGGAUGUGGCCCAUGCGAUCGGCAAGCGCCUGGUCCGCCUCCUGAUGCAUGAGAGCCACGAUACGUUCGGCGUGAACGGGCUGACGCCGCCGCUCAGGACACCUGCUCCGGAGUUCAAGCCGAUCUUCACCGCGCGCAGCUACGCCAAGGGCGUGGCCUUCUAUGCGCUCUCCUGGAGCCAGCAGCUGAUCGACCAAGGCGCGUCGAUUGCGACCGAUGAUGAUUUUGCCUGGGGUGAGCCUCCUGCCUCGAUCGAGGAUGGAUUGAGCAUCGCCGAGGGUUCCGAUCCGGACGCCGAUGCGCUCGCCGCACUCUUUGCCGAAGCGGAGGCCAACCGGCGUAUCGCGACGGCCAGUCUGCCCGGCAAGGUCAAGCCCGGCUCCUACGACAAGGAGACGCGCACCGUGCGCCUCGUCGUCGGCGAGACGGCGGACGGCGAAGAGAUUUUGUCGCCGCCGGUGCGCUGGAAACAGCAGGGCGCGGGCCGCCUGAAAAUCCAUUCGGUCCCGGCCGACAAUGAACAGAUGGUGCUGGCGUCCGCAUCCGGCACGGUCGGCGAAGCUUCGAUGGCCGACUGGGCCACCUAUGACGACGAUCAUGGAUCGCCCUCGGACAAGGACAGCGAGGCUGUGCUCGUCUUCGAUGAUGGCACCCGCAUCACCAUCGAGGGCGACCGCACACGUGUCGCCGCGGCCAAUGUCCAUGUCGAUGCCGACACCGUGACGCUUGGCGGAGAAGGCGGCCGAAAGGUUGCCCGCGUCGGAGACCGGGUCGAGGUGCUCUACGGCUCGUCGGCUGGCCUUCAUCCGAUUGCAGAAACGAGCCCCGCUGGCGAGCCUCCUGCCGCUGUUGCUGGUUCUGGCAUGCGGGCCUCUGAAACGAACAAGUGGCGCGUCACCGAGCUGGCCGGUCCCCGCGUUGCAGGACGUCGCGUCAAGGCGGGCGAUGUGCUCGACCUUACCGCCGAAGAGGCCAUGGUCGAAGAGACCAUGGGCACGAUCGCGCGUGUCGGGAAGACCGGCUGUCUGCUGACCGGCUUUGCGCAUGUGGCGCAAUCGCUCGCCAUCAUCUGGAUGACGCGCACCGAGACGCUGCCGAUGCUUCUGGACUUCGGAUCGGAUUUACGCGGCAAUCUCGCCGGUGACCUGACGCCCGCGCUCGCCCUCGACAUCUAUGAUGAUCUGGUCACGGCCGCCCACACAUGGGAGCCGGAAUUCCGGAUCAUGACGCUGCGCUUUGUCUCGCUUUCCGAGCAGGGUUCGCUCGGCCUUGCCUAUGGCGCAACGGGUCGAUGCGCUGCGGAUCGCAACACUCGCCGGUCUCGGCAACAACCGGGUGGCGGCAUGAGCUUCGACGUCAUCAAUCUCGAUGGUCUGCCAAUCCCGGAUGUCCUGGAGACCAUCUCGUUUGCCGAGAUUUUCGAGGCGGUCAAGGCCGACUUCAAGACGCUCUAUGAAGAGCGCGUCGCCACGGAGGACCUCGAUCUGCCCGACUUCGACACGCUGAUGAUCGAGAGCGAGCCGGUGGUUCUGGCGCUGCGCACCUUCGCUACCCGCGAAAUGCUGUUGCGCCAACGCGUGAAUGAUGCCGCGAAAGCCGUGAUGCUGCGCUCCUCUUGGGGAAACAACCUGCAAAAUUUGGCCGCUGCCUUCGGUGUCGAGCGUCUGCCCGGCGAAAGCGACAAGCGGCUCAGGACCCGCAUCACACUGGCACCAGGUGCCUAUUCGGUUGCCGGGCCAAUUGACGCCUACCGCUUUUUCGCCAUGACGGCGGCACCCGAAACCGUUCAUGUCGCGGCCUUUGUCUCCGGUACCGGCGACGCUCGGCGCAUGAAUGUCGUUCCGCUUACCGCCGAAGGCGCGGUCGAGGACGCAACGCUUGAGCGCAUCCGCACCGCGCUCGAUGGGGAAACGGUCUUGCCCGCAACAGAUAUCGUCGUGGUGCGCCGACCGUUCCUGCGCCUCUAUGGCGUAGAAGCCGAACUGCUGAUCGCCCACGGCGCGGACCAGCAGCUGAUCGUUGCCAAGGCGGAAGAGGCUCUUAUCGACUUCGACCGCGAGCGCCGGGAAACGGGCAAGACGGUCUUCCGCUCGGCGCUCAUCAAGACGCUGUCGGUUGCAGGCGUCGAUGACGUGGUGCUCCACCGGCCCGCUGCCGACAUCAUCUGCGGCCGCGACGAGGCGGCGCUUCUCGAUCACGGCGACAUCGCCCUCUCGAUCCGGGAGGUGGCACCGUGA